AUGAAGACGAUAAUAGAAUGCUGUGUCACUGCAACUGCUCCACGUGUCUGUGCCCCUUUGCCAUACACAAAGUAUCCAUGUAAUAAUAACAUGCUUGCAACAUGUUCAGCAUCAUCCUCAACAACAAGAAGACCUUUCUCUCUUUCUCUCAUCUCCACCACUUUAUCUGCAAUCGUCUUCUCACUUCCUCCUCCUCCUUCCUCUUCUUUUCCCCCUCCUUCAUCAAAAUUCCCCUUAUCUCAGUUCUUUGAGAUCCCCGAUUCUGGUGGAGUUAAGGCUUUGGACCUCCUUGAUGGUUCUGGUCAAGUUCCCUCAGACGGGGACCAGGUCGCAAUUCACUACUAUGCCAGGCUAGCAGCAAAACAAGGAUGGCGCUUUGACUCAACCUACGACCACAAAGAUGACAAUGGCGAUCCCAAUCCAUUUGUCUUUGUCCUUGGCUCUGGCAAGGCUAUUGCUGGAAUUGAUGUGGCAGUGAGAUCGAUGAAAGUAGGAGGUAUUCGUAGGGUCAUCAUACCCCCAUCACUUGGGUAUCAAAACACAUCACAAGAGCCAAUCCCACCCAAUUUCUUUGACAGGCAGAGGCUGUUCACUACCAUUUUUAAUCCAACUCGCCUUGCAAAUGGAGAAGGCUCCACUUUAGGAACAGUUAUAUUUGAUAUCGAAUUGGUUAGCGUGAGGCAUCUCUGA